CCAAACAAUACCACCCGGAUUUGGCGCCACUGCUGCUCUACUCGCCGUCUGUUUUGUGAACUGGUGGACCGACGACCGACCGUUCCGAUACAUACAUACAUCAUUCAAGUCAGUGGAUUGUGUGCCUCGCCUCUUGCGUCGAUUUUCUUCUAACUUGACACUUGUAAGGAACUAAGACAAACAUCCGUUUGCCUCGAUUGUCUAGCAUUUUGCUCUAUUAUUGAUGAUUCCCGGACAGAAGCAGAUUUCGUUCCUUCUUAUUUGCUGACAAGUGCGAAACAAAAGAUCCGAUUCCUAAAAAUUGAUAUGGAGCAGAACAGAGAUCCAGAGAGUUCGGCUGACUCCAACACAUGCCUUGAAUUGGCUUUGGAGGGAGAAAGGUUGUGCAAAGCUGGCGAUUGCAGGGCAGGUGUCACCUUUUUUGAAGCUGCCAUUCAGGCCGGCACCGAUGACCUGCGAACUCUCAGCGCCAUUUACAGCCAGCUAGGCAAUGCGUAUUUCUAUCUAGGAGACUAUGUGAAGGCAAUGACCUACCACAAACACGAUCUCACUCUUGCACGAACCAUGGGGGACAAGCUAGGCGAGGCCAAAGCCAGUGGCAACCUGGGCAACACCCUGAAGGUCAUGGGCAAAUUUGAUGAAGCCACAAUUUGCUGCAAGAGACACCUCGAAAUCUCCAGGGAGCUUAAUGACAAGGUUGGUGAAGGCAGAGCGUUGUACAAUCUGGGAAAUGUAUUUCACGCCAAAGGCAAACACAUUGGCCGCCUGGGCCAGCAGGAUCCUGGCGAGUUCCCUGAGGAAGUAAAGAAGUGCUUGUUGGAUGCUGUUUCAUAUUAUGAUGGGAAUUUGCAGCUGAUGAAGGAACUAAAUGACACAGCAGCUCAGGGAAGAGCCUGUGGAAAUCUUGGAAACACUCACUACCUUCUGGGCAAUUUUCAUCAGUCCAUCAGCUACCACGAAGAGAGACUGAAAAUUGCUAAAGAAUUUGGUGACAAAGCUGCGGAGAGAAGAGCCCACAGCAACUUAGGAAACGCUCAUAUAUUUCUUGGAGAGUUCACUCUUGCUGCUGAACAUUACAAGCAAACACUAGCCCUUGCGCAUGACCUGGGCGACAGAGCAAUCGAGGCGCAGGCUUGCUACAGUUUGGGCAACACAUAUACCUUGCUGAGAGACUACCCAACCGCUGUCGACUACCACCAACGUCACCUGUGCAUUGCGCAGGAGCUGAUGGACAAAAUGGGCGAGGGUCGCGCCUAUUGGAGUUUGGGUAACGCGCAUUCAGCCAUGGGUAACCACGAGAAGGCGCUGCACUAUGCCAGCAAGCACUUGGAAAUAUCCAAGCAGACCGGCGACGAAAUGGGACAGGCGACAGCCCAGAUGAAUGUUUCUGACCUGCGCAAAGUGCUUGGCUUGCCUAAUGUGCAAGAAGACGUCCCGCAGAACGCUCAGCGCGUCAGACGCCAGAGCAUGGAACAGCUUGACUUAAUCAAGAUGACUCCCGAUGCUCGCCAAUUGAACCGAGGUCUUAGCCUGCCGACAACAAUUGAGGAUGUCCAGGGUACUUCUAAGGUUGAGGAAGAAGACAACUUCUUUGACCAGCUCUCCCGCUUCCAGUCAAAACGAAUGGAUGAUCAGCGUUGCACUCUCGGUGGCGCUGAGAACAAGGAGAAUAUCAAGCGUACGAAAACUCCUAGCAACGUGAACCUUGCUGCCAAAGCGGCAGCAACUAACGCACCUGCCAACAAAGAGAAGGGCGCUGACGAGUUGAUCGAUCUUAUUGCCGGCAUGCAGAGCAAGCGGAUGGAUGAGCAAAGAGUUGAACUGCCCCACCUUCCAGGCCUGGUUCCUCCACCAGGACAAUCCUUCCCUGUAGCCAACAGUUCUGAGGUGUCUGAGGAUUUCUUUGAGAUGCUGAUGAGGUGUCAGGGGGCCCGGUUAGAGGACCAACGAAGCACGUUGCCGAAGGAGAGCGCAGUGUCAGCCGUUAGCUUGACAGGCGACGAGGAGCAGGAGCAGCAGCAACGAGCUACCGCCACCACGGUGCCAGAUGAAGAUUUUUUCUCACUGAUCAUGCGACUGCAAUCUUCUGGCCGAAUGGACGAUCAGCGCGCCUCUGUGCCAAAGAAAAAGUAACUAUCUGCUGCAAGACUAUCAAUUCCCGUCGGGUCGGAUAUGGCCUACAUUUCUUCAUCCUAAUGGACGUGCGAAAAAUGUAUCUGUAUAAUUGUAAAAAAGAUCCUGCGUACAUAUUUUAACUGUUGAAUGUCAAAGCAAAUCGGUGCUUCUUGUCCAGAAAUUCGUUAAGGUCUGGUAGGUGUAAAAUUUGAGCAUCAGCAGUCCAUGACUGCACCUCCAUUAAUAUGUAAGAUUUGCAUUCCUCCAGAGAACACGUCUGGCAUUUUGGCAUUUAUUGAAGCACAUCUUGUUACUGUCUUUCUCAAUCUCUCCAGUCACUCUAUGAUUUCACUUGAAAUUUUGGGGCCUUUACUAAAUAAUACCAGCAUUCCUCUAUGCAUUUUGAAAUGAUGUAAGCCAAUGAAUCUCAAACGCGCGAUUUCGCAUUAAUUGCUUCCCUUGAAAUAGCAAUGUGGCGGCGCACAAAUGCAAAAAAAUUGCCGCCAUCAUUAUAAUUUAUCUUACAUUGCAAAGUAGGACCCAUUUAGAUGAUCUAUUUUAUAACGUGUACCUAUAUACAUCCAGCCAAAUUUUAUUUUAGGGCUAAGUUGUCAAGUAAAUGUCUAGUGUACACUCAAAAAAUGAUAAUAAAUACGGAGAAAAUUUUUAAUCAACGCAA